GACGGUGCAGGAGGAGCGCCAGGCAAGCUCUGCUCAGGGGCACCUCCUGCAUCCUGCCAAUGAGGAUGGGCGUGCAGACCGUGCCCGGGAGCUGAGCCGCCGCCCGCUGGGUGUAGGCUGCUUCAGUAUUUACUGGAUGUGACAAGCAGAGAGAAGAGCUUUCAGCGGGGCCGCUCGCUGCCCGGCUCGAGUGGUGGGAGCGCUCCUUCCCUGCAGCCUCUCUGACCGUCCCGCUGGCAAAGCCCCGCAGGCCAUGAGGACUGGUCAAAGACGGUGAGAGGACGUGAAGGGGUAGAUCCCUGUGCCCCGCAGUCUCAUCCCCCGCCCUGACGUCCCUGCACACCAGCCAGCGGGUUAACCAUAAGCAGGAGCCUGUAUGGCGGCUUUGCUGAUGCCACGCAGGAACAAAGGGAUGAGGACUCGACUGGGAUGCCUGUCUCACAAGUCAGACUCGUGCAGUGAUUUCACAGCUAUUCUCCCCGACAAGCCCAACCGUGCUCUAAAGAGACUGUCCACAGAAGAAGCUACACGGUGGGCCGAUUCCUUUGACGUGCUUCUCUCCCAUAAGUAUGGGGUGGCUGCAUUCCGUGCCUUCCUGAAGACGGAGUUCAGCGAGGAGAACCUGGAGUUCUGGCUGGCCUGUGAGGAGUUCAAGAAGACCAGGUCGACCGCAAAGCUAGUCUCCAAGGCGCACAGGAUCUUUGAGGAGUUCGUGGAUGUGCAGGCUCCGAGGGAGGUAAACAUAGACUUCCAGACCCGAGAAGCCACGAGGAAGAACAUGCAGGAGCCAUCCCUGACGUGCUUCGACCAGGCCCAGGGGAAAGUGCACAGUCUCAUGGAGAAGGACUCGUACCCCCGGUUCCUGAGGUCCAAAAUGUACUUGGAUUUGCUGUCCCAAAACCAGAGGAGGCUCAGUUAGACCUCAGACGGGGACUCUUGGAGAUCGCCGGCUUUCCCUCCCCUUGCUGCCAAGACCAUAGUCUAAUGUGAAAUGUCAUAGGUGUUCAAAAGCAGAGGCACUUAGGUUGGGAGGCUGGGAGUGAGUCGGGGAUGAAGGGCCCUUCCGAAGUAUGAUGCAGCCACCGGAACUCGGACUUUAUUCCAUUACCCACGUUUGUGUUUCGGUUAGUGGUAGCACCUUGUCGCUGUCACCCUUCUCUGGGUCGGCCACACGCCCGCCAUAAUGCCUUGGAUCAUGUCCACUGAGAAGGCAGAGCUGCUGUGCUGGGCUAAUGUGUAAAUAAUGCAAAUGCAGUUUCCACCAGCCCCGCCCCCUCCUCCGUUAGGAUUCCCGACUCUCUAACUUGUCCCACACCCCAGUGAGGAAAAGCUAGAAGACUCUGUCUCACAUCUGUGAUUUGCUGUCACCAUGUCAUGGCCAGUCCCAGGUGCUGGGACCUCACAGUUUAGGAGAGAGGUCUCUGGGGCAUCCAGGGUUUCUCGCACUGUCACUGACAGGUGGCCUCUGAGAGGAGGGGCGGACUCCAUGGAGUCGGCUGUUUUUUCCAUUUCCGCAGGACCAGUGUGAAAAGCUGCGAUCACUGCCCAUCUCAGCCUAGGAAACUCACAAGACUCCCCUACCCUUGCAAUUCCAGAAAGGGCCUCGGGAGCUGUCCUUCCUGACGUCUGAUGUGGAGCUGCUACUAAGAAAGCUUGCAGAUCUUCCUCAAUCCUGCCAAGAAGUGUUCCGGAAGCGGAAUAAGCAUGGAGUGCAGCACUGGUAGACCUCCGUGCAGUGGGGCACAUAGAACCCUCUGUUGCUUAAUGUGUUCCUUGCUGUCGCCUCCCUGCGCAUCCCACAUCACGGAUCCCUUAGAAUGACAGACAGCGUGGUAAAGGGAGGUGAACUCCCGUAACCAGAGGAGCAUGGACAGCUCCACGGUGCCUCCCACUUCCCCUGACUCUCCCCCUCGCCCCCCAUGCAGGCCAUGCAAUCAUGAUGGGGAGAGUGGGAACUUAGGCCAUCACUCCUUUCCAGCUUGCUUCCGGGGAGCGUGCGUUCUCAGAAAGGUCCCGCUCGUGAGGGCCACCUUGGCUUUUCGGCGGCUUCCUUCCUGACCUCUGACUUUCGGAGAUUGAACAUGGAACAGGAGGUGAGGCUAAGACCAAUGUGAACAUCUGGUUGUGGAGACCUUCGGAAAAUGGCUUCGUGCUACCCUGGGGAUGCUCUUGGAAAAACAUCAGGAAACUCUUCCUUGGAGGAUGAGCCAGACAGGAAACCUACUCCAGCUGCCCAGGGAGAAGCUGACUUUGGCCCAAGACUGCAGAGCCAAGGAGACGAGUCCUCAGCAGAGAGACCCGAAUGUGGAGGAGGAGCCUAGAAGAGUGGCCUGCAUCGCGGAGGGCGUGCUGUUGGGGCCACUCACAGCCAUUGGGUUUGGAUCCACGGCAGAGCUACAACACUUCCAGCUGGACUGAGUGAAACAGCACGCGAUUAGGUGUGAGCUCUGGCAUGCAGGUGGUUGAGAACCGGGCUGGAGCGUUCUCCUCUCGCUGCCUUUUUAGAUGUGCAGGUGUUCCUGUGUUUGCAUACUUGUCCAGUAACUUCACGAAUCUCUUCCUUCCUUGGCUACAGCUAGACAAGGCCCAGAAGGCUCUUGAGUCCCCCUGGCUGUUAGGGUCCACUGCCCUGCCGUGCAGCUGUGAGUGUGAACAUCUGUGUGAGCACACGGGCCUCCCGGGGACAGCUGGGAAUUCCCCGUUCACGAACUCUGAGGCCGCACGUGGGUGUUCCUAGUUAGAUCAGGUAGUGUUCCCCUGCCCCCACUGGUGGAAAACCAUCCUUAGCUUAAGCUGCCAGAAUUAAUUUAAUGAUCAAAAUCUCAAACAGGGUAUUUUAAACGUUGUUUACAUAUGAAAUGUGCAUCUGCUGCCAACUGUACUGUCGGAUAUGAGGUGCAGAUAAAUUGGAAGAGCACAGAGUUAUGGAAACAGGAAACGUGCUAAGAGGGGCCUUUUCGCCACUUCCACUGUUCCCAGGAGGAAAGUCUGAACAAGAGCGCUGGGCGGUGGCCUCAUGUGGGGCCAAGAGCUCUUGCCAGCUCUUGGUGGGAUGCAGGCUGCUGAUGGUGGGGUCAUGGCGCCUGGUGAUGCCUUCCCACGAUGGGGAGGUGAGAAGGACCAAGCCUGGGUAUUCCAAAACUUGCCGCUAAGUGAGUGUGUUGUGGGUGUGCGUUCGUGCGUAGAGAAACGUGAUAGCUAUGUGUAUGGUACUCCUGUGGAGAGUGAGUGUGUGCGUGUGUGUGUGUGUGUGAGAGAGACAGUUAUGAGCACUAGACUCAUACACCACAGAGAUGAUCUUCCCAUGGGCUGAGCUUUCCUCACACCCUUUAUGACCUGCUUCCCACAAGAGGCACGGAGCGCUCUGCUCUGAUGCUGCAUUCAGGCACUUUGGUCAUGCCCACCCAGAUUUUGGUCUGUGAUGAAACAAGGAGAAAUGUUUACAACAUCUAGAGCAAUAUCCAAGCAUACCUCAUCCCUGACCAUCUGCAUCUCCCAGUCCCACUGCGCCCCAGCCCCUCGCCCCCCAGACCUCCUCUGCCGCGCUAGGUGGGCGCCCACGGGUGCCGCUUCCUCUGUUUCACGUCUUCCUUUGCUCCUCACGCCGGGCCUGUGCUGCGGACUGCCUCCUGGGCUCGAGGCUCGCUCUGUGCCUGGGACCUUUGAAAGCCCAAGGCACGCCAGGGCAGCAGGCUGGAUGGAGCUGUGGCUUUCAGGACUGCUCUCCAUCGCUGAGUGGCCUUGUGGCCCCGCUUGAGUGUUAACCUUCUUGGGGGCUGGUGUGAGAUUUCCUGUUGCCCUUGGCGAACCAAACAGAACAGUCAACGACAACCAUUCACGGCCCUGGGCAGCUCUGGGGUGAGGAAGGAUCCCUGAGCGACGUGUAUCAUUAAACUUGAAGGUGUGCAGGGGUCACCCGGCAAGCCUGUGACAAGUGCUAAUUCCCAGGUUUCCACACCUAGAGAUGCCGAUCCAAGCAAUCUGGGGAAGGGCCCAGAAAUCUGCAUUUUUAAUAAAUUACCAGGUGCGUGGUGGCUUGUGGACCCUACUUUGAAAAAAAGAUGGUCCAAGACAGUGGUCUAAGAGAGACGCGUUCACCUUGGUGGUUCACCUGGGGAAUUAAAAAACCCCAGGUGUCCAGAUCCCGCCCCAGAACAACUUGGGCAUGGAACCCGAGGCAUCAGCCCCACAGGUGAUUCCACUGUGCAGACGAGGCUGGGCGGCUGGGCCUGAGGCGUGAGGAGGAGCCCAGCCGAGGGCGAGGCCCAGCCGUGAGGCGGGAGGGCCGGCGUGCGCCCGGGCGCCGGCAAGCACGGUAACCGGGAACCGGCCGGCCCUGAACUGGACUCUUAGGGUGGCUGCUCUACGCCUUCUCCGUCUGCCUUGCUCAUCCGGGAGGAACUUGCUUCUGCCCCAGCUCCGUGCGGUGUCAGGCAGCAGGCGGGCCAGCGCCGGGGGCCCGAGGGGCCCUUGGGGUUUUCCGUGCCUCCCAAGUCACAGUGCAGCCUCCCAGCUCACCUGCCAGGCUGCUUCCCUGUCCGUCUGUUCUCUUGCACUCCUGUGCCUGGUUGUUUCGUGUCAGGCUGUGUCUCUGUCCCCAAGGCCCUGCGACAUGGUGGUUGGACUCAGGGAACGGGUGAAGAGGGUGAGGUUGUAACAACAGCGGUAACACAACAAGUCCCAGAUUUCUCAGUAGAGGGUGUCAGACCCUCGGAUUGUCAAGCUCUUUGAGGCUUUCUUUUCCAAGGCCACCACGGGGUUUGGGUUCCUGCCCUACACCCUCACCGUUCCCUCUCUGGUCUCAGGCCAGACGGGCAGCUGUAAAGUUCCUAGCUGACCUCACUCUCCGGUGCUCCCCCCAGAACCUGCUGCUCUGGAUGAAGCAAAGCUGCGAAACGGCUUUCUGCCCAGGCUGCCGGCCCAGCCUCUGGGCACAGGUCCCGGGCGCCUGUCCUCGGCCGGGCUGGGUGUCCAGGUUCUCCAGGCCCUGGACCGUGAGGGAAAGGCAUGGACUCGUGCUGAGAGCUGGGGGGAGGCUGGGAAUGGGGAAGACUGAAGAGGAAGGAGCAAGGGGGAAAGAGUGAAGCCGCUCACGUGGCACCUGCUUCUCCAUAAACCAGAAGGGAAAGGUGAGGUGUGGCAUGUUCAGAGGCAGGACAGUCUCCCAUCCACAAGGGCACCCAGAGCUCCCCUGACCCCGUCGGUGCCCACUUCCGAGCAAGGCAGAGGAAUCAUGACUGCACCCGAGGCUAUCCUUCAGUCUGCCACAUGCCAGUCCUCUCUGAGUCUGCAUCCUCCAUUUUAGAAGCAAAAGAGAUGGCCAGGUCAUCGCCUGGUGUGGAGAGCCUGGGCUACGGGGCGUGGGACCGUGAAGGAAGGAGCCGAGAGCAGAGAUGUCUUCCUGUCCCCCGUGACCUCUCAGGAUUCACGAGAUGCUGUGGACCAGGAUGAGAGACGGCAGGAUGGGCCGCUGGGUUCCCAGGUGCGGGAUCUGGGUCCUCUCCGUGAACUGUUCCCUUCUUGAUUCUUCCCCCCUCCUGCCCCUCUUCUCCCUCCCCUCUGCCUGGUACAGAAAGGCGGCUGGGCUGGGGUGCGCCCCAGGCAGGACAGCACGAGCUGAGUCACGCGGCUCGCACGACAGAUUGUAGCAGCUCAUCUGCCAUAGAAACCGCUUGGCUCACGGAGUCCUCAUUGAGUUGUUUCAUUAGCGUGCAAAGUGCCAUCAUGUCAUUCACCUCUACUAUAAACACGGCUGUGAGAACACAAUAAACAGAACCUGAAC